UGGUCUUCGUGUUUUGGUCGACGUCGUCUAUUGCUCUCGAAGGCAUGGAAUCGGGUGCUGGAGUGAGUGAGUGCGUAAUUCCAUGAAGUUUGCAACUGGUUAAGUUGUUGGUUGCGAUCCGUGAUGGCUCGUCGGGGCUCUUUCUUGGCCCAAACACUGCUUUCGAAGCUGGUGUCAUCGCCUUCCCCAUUGCCAUCUGCACGUUUAUUUGCUGUCUUUGGGAUUCGGAGCUUGUGCAGUGGAACAAUUUCAGCGCCCCCUCUGCCCAGUGGUGCUGGCAAGGGCAUUGGUGAGGAAGAUGAGAGACCCCAUUCGGCUGAAAUUGAUCAUGAGUCACGGAAAGUAGCAGUGUUUUGGGACUUGGACAACAAGCCGCCCAGGAAUGUGCCACCUUAUGACGCGGCAGUCCGGCUCAUAGAGAUGGCUGCGGGUUUCGGGGAGGUUGUGGACGUAGCGGCUUACGCCAACCGUUAUGCGUUUGCAUAUCUCCCGCUCUGGGUGAAGGAGCAGCGAAAGGAAAGGAGGCAGUUGGAUCGACUGGAGAGGGCCGGCAUCAUCAAGCCGUCUGAGCCUUAUGUUUGCGGCUAUUGCGGGCGGAAGUGCAAAACGAACGAGAAAUUGAAGAAGCAUUUUCGAGAUUUGCAUGAGAGGGAACGGAAUAAGAGAAUGAAUAGGAUGAAUUCAUUGAAAGGAAACAAGCGUCUCAAGUAUCGAGCCAGUUUAUCUGAGAAGGAAGAAAGAUACAGGGCUGCAGCAAAAGAGGUUUUAGUGCCACAAGUUGGAUAUGGUCUUGCUGGCGAGUUGCGGAGGGCAGGAGUUUACGUCAGAAUGGUUAGCGAUAAGUCUCAGGCCGCUGACGAGGCUCUCAAGAGUCAUAUGAAUAGAUCCAUCAGACAGGGGGUUGAUUGCAUUUGUCUUGUGUCGGAUGACUCGGACUUCGCCAACAUACUAAAAUUGGCACAGUCAAAACAUCUUCAUACAGUGGUUGUGGGUGAUUCUUCCAGCUUAAGUAGGUUUGCAGAUGAGAAGUUUUCAUGGCGGGAUGUCGCGUCUGGAGCAGCUCUUGCUGUAGCUAACGAGAUAGAGGGACAGUGGUCUUUAGAGGAUGGAUAUAAGAAUGGGUUUGAAGAUCGGUUUUAUCCGGAGUACGAACGACGAAGAGCUAGGACUGGAAACAAUUGGGAUUUCAGCAUUUCAGAUAGUGACAGUGAAGAAGAUUUCUGGGAUAUAGACGAAGGCAAGGAAGUAAUGGAUCCUGAAGGAAACGCAGUGUGGCCCAUGGAAAGCUUGGCUAAUGAAAGGUGUGAGAAGAAAGUUCUCACACGCAAAGAUUUUUGGUGGUUACCACAUUCAGAUGAAGACCUGCCUGAAUCUCACCGUCUUAAUAAAACCGAGUGAACUAGCUGCCCAUCUGUCUGUGAGCCAAUGUCAUGGGUCCCAACACGUUUUAGUGGACUUUUUCAAUGCAAGAUGCUUGGAGCUGUCAUGAAACGUUGGAGAAAGCCAUAAUUUUUAUUAUUGAAUGCAAUUCUCUCACUAAAGUCAGUUCUCAUCGACUGCUCGUCAGGCGCGCACAUUUUCAAAUCAGUACACUUGAUUGUUCCACGACUUCACAGAUCCGUUUGCACUGCUGGGCUUAUGGAACAGGAUCUAGCCCUCCACUGAAGGAAUUGUGAUCGAUGGACGUUAUUCACACUGAAAUUUUGAGCAUUGAGUAGUGAUUUUCAUCCUUAAGAUGAAAUCUAUCUGGAUCACUGACUGGUUGCGAGGCAGACAAACGGUUCAUGCACUUAACAAUCUCUUGAAUAAUCACGGUAGAUGUGAUUCUGUUUUUACUUUUCUUAACCCAAUCGAAACUGUAACCUGAAA